GACCUUUGCUUUCAUACAUUUUCUCUUGACUGGCCCUCUUAAUUUCUCAUCAUCUUUAAUUUCCUAUCUAUGUAGAUGAGAACUCGAUCUGGCUUUGGUUUAGGAGGCUGGAAGGGGAAAAAUCAAGAGUAUACCCACUAGAAUAAACUAGACUACACCACUGGUUGAGGACGACGGUCACAACCAAGAAACGAGUUAACUGAAGGGCGAGAAUCACAUUCGCGUGCGUGCGUGCGUGUGUGUGUGUGUGUGUUUGUAUAAGCGUUUGGGGGCGGGGGCUAAUCUCAGUGGCGCCACUUUAAAAAAAAACCGUCUCGCGGACCUGUCAAUCUAGACGAACCAGACAGACCCUGGCUAGAGGUCCUGUUCAGCUCCUAUGACAGCCGCCGCGUGAUUGGUCGAGAGUCGCGGUCCCUGUGAGACCUGAGCACCUAUUGGGUGCAGUAUGUCGAGACACUGACGCGCACGACGUCUCCCCCUUAUUGUUAUUGUGGUGUGCGCGAAAUGCACGAGGAGACAGUGGGACUGAUAAAUGGAUAAAACAAACGACAAACCGAGCUAGCGCAAUACAGAAUUUGAGAAAUAUGCAUUAGCUUCUUCCACAUCAGGAAAUCACUUUCCCUCUGAGAACACAGAGAGCAACACAGGUCUAAUACAAAGGGCUAUAAACACAAAUAGCAGCUCUAGCCAGCACACACAACACGUAGAGAUAUCUCACUGCAGCACUGAGGCAGUUGUCGGAUAGCUUAGCGGUCUUUCUGUCCAAGUUCUUCUCUCCGCUCCGGCAGAUGUGGAACGAUUCAGAGCUUGGCCAUCAUGAUGUCAGUGAACUUUCUGGUCACUCAUUGGCUGAUCAACUUAAUACUAGCAGCAUCAUGUCAGUGAACCCACCAAGCAGCAAUGAUGCUUGCCUAAGCAUUGUCCACAGCCUCAUGUGCCACCGGCAAGGUGGAGAGAAUGAGGGAUUUGCCAAGCGUGCCAUUGAGAGUCUAGUGAAGAAGCUGAAAGAGAAGAAGGACGAGCUGGACUCACUUAUCACUGCCAUCACCACCAAUGGUGUUCAUCCUAGUAAGUGUGUCACCAUUCAGAGGACGCUGGAUGGACGGUUGCAGGUGGCGGGGAGGAAAGGCUUUCCUCAUGUGAUUUAUGCACGGCUGUGGCGCUGGCCUGACCUCCACAAGAAUGAACUCAAGCAUGUCAAAUUCUGCCAGUACGCCUUUGACCUGAAGUAUGACAAUGUGUGUGUUAACCCCUACCAUUAUGAGAGGGUCGUGUCACCAGGCAUUGUCGGGGUUUCAUUUUUAUUCUUUCUGUCUUCUCUGACAGUGGGUCUCAGCCUUCAAAAUACAGCAGCACCAGGCAGGCUGAUCAAAGAGGAGUAUAUCCAUGACUGUAUACAGAUGGACCUUCCCCCUGGCAUGCCUAUGUCUGACCACCAAGCUGCCCUGAAGCUCCCUCCUCCAGACCACUAUGGCCCACCUCUGCCUCCUCCACAACUAUCCUCUGAGUCUCAUGGACCCCCACAUGUUAUCAGAUACGCUAACUUGCCUGUCUCACCCGAAGUGCCCGGCUCUGGCUCUAUGCUGCCUUUGCAGGGCAGUCAUGGUGAUGGCCGUCUUCAAACUCCAUCUCCACAAGCUCAAGUCAUUCAGCCACGGCCUCCAACCCCAACCCAGUCCCCUCCUCUGCAGCCAGUCGCCCAGCAGCCCUCACAGCCCCCACAGCAAAACCCCCUACCUCUUUCUCACUCACGUAGACAGAAAGGAUAUAGCAGUAAUAAACACUCUCAGAGUCAGCCAGCUUUCCACACUUGGACAGGCAGCAGCACAGCUUCCUAUGCUCCCAUUGGACCCCAGGAGAAUGGGCGUAGUAACCAACAACCUCCCUUCCAUCAUCAAAACCACCACUGGUCUCAGCAUCAUGGAUCAAACUCUUUCCCUCCUUCUGUGUCCAACCAUCCAGGACCAGAGUUUUGGUGCUCGGUCUCCUACUUUGAAAUGGACGUUCAGGUUGGUGAGAUGUUCAAGGUGCCCUCCAGCUGCCCUGUAGUGACUGUGGAUGGUUAUGUUGACCCAUCAGGAGGCGAUCGCUUCUGCCUUGGCCAGUUGAGUAACGUCCAUCGCACAGAUGCCAGUGAGAGAGCCAGGUUACACAUAGGUAAAGGUGUGCAGCUGGAAUGUCGUGGUGAGGGGGAUGUGUGGAUGCACUGUAUGAGCGACCACGCUGUGUUUGUACAAAGCUACUAUCUUGACAGGGAAGCAGGCCGAGCACCAGGAGAUGCUGUGCAUAAAAUCUAUCCUGGAGCCUACAUGAAGGUUUUUGAUCUGCGACAGUGCCACAGACAGAUGCAGCAGCAGGCAGCGACAGCUCAGGCUGCAGCUGCUGCACAAGCAGCUGCUGUGGCAGGAAAUAUUCCUGGUCCCGGUAGCGUUGGAGGCAUUGCACCUGCAGUUAGUCUGUCUGCAGCAGCAGGUAUUGGUGUAGAUGACUUGAGGCGGCUCUGUAUCCUGCGACUCAGCUUUGUAAAGGGCUGGGGGCCUGACUAUCCCCGUCAGAGCAUCAAACACACCCCCUGCUGGGUGGAGGUCCACCUGCACCGCGCUCUGCAGCUUCUAGAUGAGGUGUUGCACACUAUGCCAUUGACUGACCCACGGCCUGCUAACUGAGGACCAAGACAAUAUUCAAAUUUCAAUCUGGAUUAUUCAAAUGUACACAGGCAGACACAUAUAUGCAUAUUUUUUUUCUUUUGACUUGCUAUCUAAAUCAGAAACAUACAGAAAACAGAAAUUAUAAACAACAAAUUAUGCUUGUAACAAUCAAGAGUGCUCAUCGUUUAUGCUUUCUCACAGAUGUGCACACACACACACAUCUUCUAUAACCAAAAGAUCUGUCCAACCAUAUAAACGCUGAUGUCUUUGGGAUUAUUGUCAUUUUUUUUCUCUUUAAAAUCUAAAGUCAAACACAAGCAAUGUGAAGGUCUGAAGGUUACGAUUUUAAGUUUGUGUUCUGACCAAUUUGUCUCUGUCUGAAAGACUUUUGAAUGCACUGUAGAAAUCCAGGGAUGUGUUUCAGAAAUCCAAUUUUCCUAUAUGCAAGUAGGAUUUCUUCUACAGUAAUUGCAGGAGUGUUCUCCACAUUCAUUCAUGGAAUACACAAGUGAAUAUUCAAAUCCUGUUAGGAGUGCAAAACACUCCUGACAGAUGAAUGCAUACCUCUGAAAAAUGCUGUUAGUAAAUUCACACUGACUACAAUCAGCAUUAUACUUCUCUUUAUGUCUUAUCACUAACAGAGCUGAUGAAUUAAGCAAGCCAGUGUUUUGUCAUCUCUGCUUAUAUUCCGCUCGUCACUGUAUGUUGAUUUAACUAAAACUGUUCGCAAUGAUAGCAGGUUAGCUCUCCUAUUACACUAGCUAUAUAGUUUUUUUAACCAAAAGACUAAAAAGUCCAAAACAUUUAGCUUUAAAGUAGUGUUGUUGUUUGUAAUGAAACAGUGCUACCCUGUAUGUAACCAAAUGGUUGGUGUAAAUCACCAAAGCAGGAAUACCUCAUAAGUACAGCACAAAGUCACACUUGUUUUUUUUUCUGUGGAACCAGAACAGACUUUCUUCAUCAGUGACAUCAGUCUGUGACUGGGUAACAAAAGUAACAGACAGCCCUCCCAUUGGAUUGUGACUGCAACAUUUAGUAAGCUUUGUAUUUCUUUAGGUUUACAAUGUAUGUGCUCUUAUGUGUUGUGGCAGUACUGGAAAGCUGACUGCUGUUUAUUACUCUGGAAUAUUUGUUAUACUCUACAGUUUUACAGUAAAAUGUAUUCAUGAAAGAAAGUAACACUAACUUCCAUUGUGCAGAGACAGAAACCUGAGUGCUUGUAUGGUCAGACCAAAAAUGGGGCUUCAGCCUGUACAUGUAACACCAGUGCCUUUCUGGUCUCUGCUCUGAUUGUUGUAAUAUGAUUUCAGACAUGUAUGCGGGAGUUUACUUGAACUCUGGGUGGUUGUCUGUCUUGCGUUUGAUCAUUAGAAAAGAGCAGGGUCCAUGUGGCAGGAAAAAUGAAAAGAGCUUUCUUUCUGCUUGUUUUUAUCCUGCCAUCACUCAGUAUAAAGCUUUCAAAGCUGUUGUCAUUGAACUAAAUUGCUUUUUAACGAAGGUCAGCCAUUAACAUAAGCAUAUUUGUGAUUUGUGCCUUUUGUUGUCAACAGUAGAUGCACCAAUACUUGAUAGUCACAAGUCUGACAAUCCAGUCAGUGUACACAGUGGUCCUACACAUGACAAUUAAUGUUGCACAUUGUGAAUUGGUUUUUCAGCUGUUAAAAUCCUGUGAUGAUACUCAGUGGUUCCCUCAGAUACAGUAAUGGACGAAAGUAUUGGCACCUCUGGAUUUUUUCCAGAAAAUGCACCAUUUUUCCCAGAAAUUGUUGCAAUUGUAAAUGUUUUUGGUAUACAUAUGUUUAUUUCCUUCAUGUGCAUUAGAAAAACACACAAAAAAGCAGAAAAAAGCCAAAAUUGACAUUAUUUUACACAAAAUUCAAAAAAUGGGACCAAUAAAAUUUUUGGCACCCUUAACUCUAUUUGGUUGCACACCCUUUGGAAAACAUAACUGAAACCAGUCACUUCCUAUAACCAUCGAAAAGCUUCUUACACCUCUCAAAUGGAAUUUUGGAUCACUCUUCUUUUGCAAACUGCUCCAGGUCUCUCAGAUUUAAAGGGUGCCUUCUUGCAGCAGCAAUUUUGAGAUCUCUCCAUAGAUGUUCAGUGGGAUUGAGAUCCGGACUCAUUGCUGACCAUUUCAGACCUCUCCAGCACUUUGUCUCCAACCAUUUCUUGGUACUACUUGAGGUAUGUUUCGGGUCAUAGUCUUGCUGGAACACCCAUGACCUCUGACACACACCCAGCUUUCCGACACUAGGCCCUACAUUGCGGCCCAAAAUAUUUUGAUAGUCUCCAGAUUUCAAUAUUCCUUGCACACCGUCAAGGCACCCAGCAUUGUAUUCUUUAGUCAAUUUUUCUUUUCCAUCCCCGUCCAGGGAGAUUAGCCACAGUUCUAUGGGUUAUAAACUUCUUAAUUAUGUUACACACAGUGGACAAAGGAACUUCAAAGACAUUUGUAACUGCAACAAUUUCCGGGACAAAUGAUGUAUUUUCUGAAAAAAAAUCCAAGGGUGUCAAUACUUUCGUCCAUGUAGUUAUGGACGAUAUCACACAGAGUCAGAGAAAUCAGAAACAUGAUUGUCCUUUGAUAAUCAGUGUUACCUGAGUAGUGUUAUUUAUUGCCUUAGUCUUUUGAGAUUAUAAAACAUUAAAAAGUAUGCUUGGCACUACUUUGUAGUAGAAACAAUUAAUACAAAUGUCAUGUUCUGUUUUCCUCCGGCCAUAUUCAGGGAUGUACACAUAUUGAAGUCGACCUAACAGAUAAUUAGAAACCUAUCGUCAUCAUUAGAUUAUUGUGAUUCGUCAAAACACUAGCAUUGUCUGUUUGUGCAUUACUUAUGUUGUAAACACACACAACCCUAAACACCUAAAGCCAAGAUUCAAUUUCAUUAUAUACUCUUUUCUCUAUUGUACUUUUCCAUGUUAGCUACAGAGGUAAUCAGGAUUUCUUUGAAAUAAAGCUUUUCCAAAGUUGUUUAAAUCAAUCCACUGGACUUUAAGAAAGUUCCUUGAAGACAUUUCACCUCUCAUUCAGGAGUUUGUUUUGAGCCUUCUCCAGGAUGGUGUUUGCCAACUCCUGAAUGAAAGAGUGAGGCAGGUCCCCUUUACCAUCGAGGGCCUGAAGGCAAAGACUGACCAGCUUUUCAAGAAACUAAUGCCAGUUCUGCCUCCUGUGACCUGGGAGGAAGUCUCUAAGUUUGUUGAGACAGCCCAACAAUCUCAACAUACAGUCACCUCCAAAAGUAUUGGAACAGCAAGUUCAAUUCCUUUGUUUUUGUUGUAUACUGAAGACAUUUGGGUUUCAGAUAAAAAGAUGAAUAUGACACAAAAGUUCAGAAUUCCAGCUUUUAUUUCGUGGUAUUUACAUCAAGAUGUGUUAACCCAGGAAAGAUGACCUUUUCUUUGAACCUACCCACUUUUCAAGUGAGCAAAAGUAUUGGAACAUGUGACUGAUGGGUGUUUCUAGCUGCCCAGGUGUUGCCUUUUAAAUCAAUUGCAGAGACAUUAAAUAGUUCUUGUUUUUGGCUUUGGGUUUCACCUGUGAAAACUGCAUUUUCAGUUAAGCAAACAUGAAGACCAGAGAGCUGUCUAUGGGAGAAAAGCAAACCAUUUUGAAGCUGAGAGAAGAGGGAAAAUCGAUCAGAGCUAUUGCACAAACAAUGGGCAUAGCCACUACAACAGUUUGGAAUGUUCUGAAAAAGAAAGAAACUACUGGUGUACUGAGCAACAAACAUCGAACAGGUCGGCCCAGGAUAACAACAGCAGUUCAUGACAGAAACAUUGUGAGAGCUGUGAAGAAAAAUCCAAAAACAGCAGUCACUGACAUCACUGCCCACCUCCACAGGGCAGGGGUGAAAGUGUCACAAUCCACUGUUCGAAGAAGACUUCGAGAGAAGGAAUAUAGAGGCCAUACCACAAGAUGCAAACCACUCAUCAGCAAAAAGAAUCAGAAGGCCAGAUUGGAUUUUGCAAAGAAGUACAGAGAUCAGCCACAAAAGUUUUGGAACAAAGUUUUAUGGACUGAUGAGACCAAGAUUAACCUCUACCAAAGUGAUGGAAAGGCCAAACUAUGGAGAAAGAAAGAAUCUGCUCAUGAUCCAAUACAUACAAGCUCAUCUGUGAAACAUGGUGGAGGUAGUGUCAUGGCUUUGUCUUUCAUGGCUGCUUCUGGAACGGGCUCACUAGUCUUUAUUGAUGAUGUAACUCAUGAUGGUAGUCUACAAAACCAUUUUCUCUGGCAAUUUACAGAAAAAUGCAUCCAACCUAAUCGGGAGAAGCUUCAUUAUGCAACAAGACAAUGACCCAAAGCACACUGCCAACACAACAAAGGACUUCAUCAGGGGGAAAAAGUGGAAGGUCUUGGACUGGCCAAGUCAAUCACUGGACCUUAAUCCAAUAGAACAUGCAUUUUACCUCCUGAAGAGGAGACUGAAGGGAGAAACCCCCAGAAACAAACAAGAACUGAAAGAGGCUGCCGUAAAGGCCUGAAACAGCAUUUCUAAUGAAGAAUGCAACAGCCUGGUGAAGUCAAUGGGUCGCAGGCUCGAUGCAGUUAUUGCAAGUAAGGGUUAUGCCACCAAAUAUUAAAUGUUAUUCACUUUAAGUUAAUUUAAUAAUGUCUGUUCCAAUACUUUUGCUCAUUUGAAAAGUGGGUGGGCUCAAAGACAAGGUCAUCUUUCCUGGGUUUUUUAGCACAUCUUGAUGUAAAUACCACGAAAUAAAAGCUGGAAUUCUGAACUUUUGUGUCAUAUUCAUCUUUUUAUCUGAAACCCAAAUGUCUUCAGUAUACAACAAAAACACAGGAAUUGAACUUGCUGUUCCAAUACUUUUGGAGGUAUUAAGAGCAAGGAAAGGCAAAGAUGCAAGUUUCUAAGCCUCCAAUCCCGGGCACACAAAAAUACAAAGGCAGAAGAACUCAGCUGGAGACAGAAACCAGGGAGUCCAACUGCAGAUAACACACAAGACAGAUGGGUGAAGAAUUUAUCAGACAGAGAACUCACCCAACCUGAGAAGGAUGUCCUCGCCAAAGAAUUGAACUUCGCUAUCACCCCACAGCACUUACUGUUUGUGGACCUCAUUACGGCUACAGAGUCAGCCAUCAAGAAAAACAACCUAUCCUCAACAGAAGCAGAGGGGCUAAGGCUAAAGGUAACAGCAGUCCUUUCUGAAGCUAAGGUCCCCCCUUCCAACCUCUCCACCCAAGAAAGGAAGGCAGUGACGACACUGAGCAAGGACCAGAACAUCACCAUUCUUCCAGCAGAUAAAGGAAGAUGCACUGUGAUCUUAAACACAACGGAUUACCAUACCAAGGUAAUGUCUUUGCUUAGUGACAACAGCACUUACAAGACCCUGAAGCGCGACCCAACCAGCAGCUACAAAAAGAAGGUUGUGGAUUGCCUACAGAAGCUACAGAAGGAGGAAACAAUAAACCGCUUGCAAUACCAUCGCCUGUACCCUGGGGAUGCCAUUCCAUGCAUAUAUAGCCUCCCCAAAAUUCAUAAAGAAGAAGCCCCCCUCAGACCUAUCGUCAGCAGCAUUAACUCUGUCACCCAUAACAUCGCCAAACAUGUAGCCACCAUCUUGGUCCCGUUGGUAGGGAAGAAUCCUCACCAUGUAUAGAACUCCAUUGACUUUGUGGAAAAGGUGAGAGGACUGAGAUUGGAUACAGAUGAGACCAUAGUAUCCUACGAUGUCACCUCCCUAUUCACACGUGUUCCCACAAUGGAGGUGGUGGAAACAGUGAGACAGCAGCUUCUACAAGACAACACCCUCAGCGACAGAACAAACCUCAACCCAGACCAGAUUUGCCCACUUUUGGACCUCUGCCUGAACAUCACCUUUUCCAGUAAAGAGGGAGCUUCUAUAGGCAGAAACAUGGAUGUGCCAUGGGCUCGCCAGUGUCUCCUAUUGUGGCCAAUCUGUACAUGGAAGAAGUGGAACACAGGGCCCUGACCUCGUUUAACGGAGAAACACUGGUUCUGAUACGUGGACGACACAUGGGUCAAGAUCAGAAUUCAUGAGGUGCAAACUUUCACUGAACACAUCAACUCUGUGGACAGCAACAUCAAGUUCACCAGAGAGGAUGAACAGGACAACAUUUUGCCCUUUUUGGAUUGUGAGGUAAAUAACACCCUCAGGCAAAGACUGGUCCACCCAAAAGACCCCACACCACACAGCCAGAAGAGCAACCUGGUGUAUGCAGUUAAAUGCAGCAAAGAAUGCUCAGAUCUCUACAUAGGGGAAACCAAACAGCCACUUAACAAGCACAUGGCUCAACACAGGAGAGCCAGUUCCUCAGGACAGGAUUCAGCAGUCUUCCUUCACCUUAAGGAAGAAGGACACUCUUUUCAGGACACCAAUGUUCAGAUUUUGGACAUGGAGGACAGAUGGUUUGAGAGAGGAGUGAAAGAAGCCAUCCAAAGCAUCCAUCCAUCAGCAGUCAGACUAUUCAAUUCAAAAUUAAACAGAUAAGAACCCUGACAACUGAAUUUCCCUUCGGGGGUUAAUACAGUGAUCCUAUUCUAUUCUAUUCUAUUCUAUUCUACUCUAUUCUAUGUCAAAGUAGAGAAGCCAUCUCUGAACAGGGGGGGUGAUCUGUGACAUCAUCUUUUCAUCAAUUUACAAUCAGGUCCUUUCAAAACUCCCCAAAAGAACUACUCAGCAGAUUCAUGCUAAUGACCACCAUUAGCACACAAGGGCUCAGUGACAUCUGUGCAUUUCGACGACCCCCACCAAUACUCACAACGACCAUCGUUGAGUAGCCAGACGAGUCUUGGUAUUGGUCGUUGGAAUAAUAGCACUGAACACACCUCACAGAGGUUUAAAAGCUGUGGCAACACCAACCACCACCAGAACUGAAGAAGCCUCUUGGAUGAGAGGUGAAACGUCUUCAAGGAACUUUCUUAAAGUCCAGUGGAUUGAUUUAAAAAACUUUGGAUAACCAUGACCUGGAUGAAUGAGAACCUACACAGACAAAUAAAAGCUUUAUUUCACCCCCAAUAAACAUUCAUUAUUCACUCAUUAUUGGACACUUUAUUUUCCAUAUAGGUUAAACUGUCUGCUCAGCUGUUAAACUAGUCACAUAAUUGCUUGUGCUCCUAAUGCCCCACCUGAGCAUUGUCUGUAUUUCCACCUCUAACUUAUAUUUCCAGUAACCAUUUUGGUUACUGGAAAUGUUAAUCAAUUAGCACGAAAUUGCAGACUUAUUAGAAGCAUCCCAGUUUGUAUUUACUAUUAUUUUUCAUUGCAUUUUCUUCAAAUUUUUCAAACAUUUGAUGAAGAUGUUGUCAAAUACUCCAAAAUUUGUCUGAUUCACAUCAAAUCUUUGAUCUGACGUCUGCAUCUGUUGAGCCCUCACAAAUUGUAAAACCCACUUCGUCCAUGCAAGGAUUGAUAAAUAUAACUGGUUGUCACGGUAGUGCCAUCUGUAUUUUGACAGUAUGAAAUGUGUAAGUUAUAAACACAUUCUAAUAAAAAUACUUAGAAAUAAUUUUUAAAAAACAUGACUAAUUGUGCAGAUGUGUGUACUCAUGGUGGAAUCCUUGUCAAUCACGCCUGACAUGAAUGUGCUGCAUUCUUUCUCCCAAACAGGACUGCUUUCAUGACUUUUUGCGUGGAACAAUUGAAUCUGUAUUGUAUUGUAUUUUAUAUUUUAAAUUUUACACUUGUGUUAUUUGUGUUAUUUGUUCUAUUUUAAAUUUCUAUUUAUAUUCUUUCAAAUUUAUUCUUACACAUUAGGCAUUAGGUGGACAGCAGAGUAAGAAUUUCAUUGUACAGGGAAACAUGUUUCCAUACUGUGCACAUGACAAUAAACACUUUGAAUCUUGAA